AUGACAGAACAAGACCAAUUGUUCCAGACGGAUACUUUCUCGCCAUCAGAAUGUGAGUUGUUUUUUCACAGCUAUUAGGUUUAUAGAUAAAUAAAUUUAUAGAUAUCCGAGAAAGGCUAAAAGGUGUAAAAACUGGAGACGAGUCAAGAAAAUUGCGAGCUUUACGAAGUGAAAUGAACGCAUUGAAUACUGCAUCACAGGAAACAUUAAAGAAUAAUGUUUUCAGAAAUUAUCAGCAAUUUAUUGAUGCGUCAAAAGAGAUUUCACGUAAGAUGCUUUAUUUAUCAAUCAUUUAUUUUUCGAAUAAUGGGAAAUUACAGAUUUGGAACGAGAAAUCUACGAAAUGUCUCACAAUCUUCAGGAACAAAAACGUGUUAUUGAGAAUUUAAUAAUGAUGACAGGCGAUGAUAAAUCAUCAAUUCAUACUGUUUCAAGUCAUUCAACAACAACUUCGAAUACAAAUCCAAUUCAAAUACUUAUGCAAAAAAUGGAAGGAAUUGGUGGAAUUUUGAAUAAUAUGUCAAGUAAUGAAAAAGUUAUAUUACAUGGAGAAAUGGAUCAAUUUGAUAUGGAAACAAAGAAAACGACUGGAAAAUGUAUGUUGAUUUUAUUAUCUCACAAAUUGAUUAUUGGAAAUAUUAACGCGGCUGGAAAAUAUGUGUGAGUUAUUUCGAAAUCGUGUAUUUUUUUAACUGAAAAAAAUGAUUCAGAAUGGAUUCUACACUAACUUUGAAUAGUGUUGCGCCAGUUAAUGUGAAAGAUCGAGAAUCUGGUGCAGCGAAUGCUGGAAAAGUAUUGAAGCUUCUAAUUUUCCCGGAAUCGCGAUGUUAUUUAUGCGAAAGUGCUAGAAUUCGAAAACUAUGGUUUGAUGAAUUAGAACAAGCAAAACGAGAAAUAUUACACGAAACAAGUUUAGUUCGACAAGCAACUAUUAAAGGAAAAAGACAAACUGUAAAAGAACGAGCAAUUGAAAGAGAACAUGUUAUUGCUGAAAAAAGUUUUCAAGAAGUUGAAGAAGAAGAUGAAGAAGAGAAGAGUAAGUUUUUUGUGAUCAUAAGAACUGUUUCCUAAAAAAACAUAAGUGUAUGAUUUUCAAAACUCAAAAUUAACCUAUUUUUUCUGCGAAGAAAACUUUGAAAAUCACAAUGAAAAUUUAAAGUUCUUCAUUUUUUCACUUUAUUAUUGUUUCUCGAGCUCAAACUAUUUUGGAAAAUAAUUUAUUUCAAUAUUUACUUGUGUUUUUCCAGAUGAUAAUGACCUCAUGUGGUUAUCAGAAUUACCAGCCGAAUUAGAUGAUUGUAUUGCACAUCGAGAUUUAGAACAAGCUGUUGAAUUAAUUCAUGAAUGGAAACAAUGUUCUACAAAAGAUGCAGUUAUUGAUGUCCAAUUACAAAUGAGAGAAAAUCAAAUAGUUCAAUUAUUAUCAGAAGAUGUUAGUAGACCAGGAGCUAUACAUGGAGGCCCAAGAGCAAUGAAAAAAGCGAGAACUUUAUUAACACAAUUAGGUCGAGGAACUUAUGCAACAGAUGUAUAUUUAAGGUUUGUCUUCUUUUUUUUCACUAUCUUUUUCAUUCUCAAUUUUUAAUUUCAGAAGACGAAGUGCAAUUCAAAGAACUGCAAUGCGUGAUGUAACUGUUUCUGAAGAACCAAUUUCAUAUGUUAGACAAUUAUGUGCAAUUUAUUCAAAUGCUGUAAAUGAUAUAUCAAAUGAAUAUCGAAGUAUGCCUCAAUAUUAUUGUCAAGUUUUACAAUGGUGUUCAUAUGAAUUGAGUACACUUUUAACAUUAAUUCGUCGACAUGUUAUUGAAGUUGCACCUGCAAUUGCUGUUUUAGCAUAUACUUGGAAAUAUGUUAUGACAACUAUGGAUGAAUUAACUGCUAUUGGAGUACAUUUAAAUUUUGAGGUUGGUUUUUCUAAAUUGAAAAUAAGAGGUUUCAAUAUAUUUUAUAGGUAAAUCGAUUGCUUGGUAUUCCAUUGGAAAAAUCGCUUCAGAGUAAUUUUGAGAAUAUAAUCGAAGCUGUGAAAAUGAGAAUAUCUGAAGAAAAAUGGAGACCAUAUGUAUUAGAUUCAGAAUCUGCAUUAAAUCGAUUGGUCGAAGAAUUAUCUGAUGUUGGAAUAAAUGUUGAAUGGGCAAUUUCAGCAAAUGAUGAGACAAAAAGUUCAUUGAAUGUUUCACAAAAUGUUGUUCAUUUUGCAAAAAUUGCUCACACUCUUUCAAAAGAUUUAGCACCACUCAGAUUGUGAGUUUGAAUUCUACAGAAGCGUUAAUCUAACAAAAUUCAAUUUAUUUUAAGAUCACCUGUUCAAGCAAUGUCCGAAAUUUAUGCUGAUGAACUAUGGAAAACGUUUUUGGAACAUUUAUCAAAUAAUAUUCGAGAUGGUUCAGUUUUUGCAUAUUCCACGACUUUCAUUUUAACACAGGUUAGCUAUUUUGUUAUUUUUUAAGCUUCAAAUUAUAGUAUUCAAUUUUAGGUUCUUCCGGUUUGUGAUCGAUUAUUAUAUGGAGAAGAAGGUGAAUUAACUCGAUUAAUCGAAGAAUAUCCAAAAUUAGCACCGUAUGCCGAUGAAUCAGAUGAUGAAAAUGGAAUAACAAAAGAGGAUGAAGAGGUUGCUCAUGUUUAA